AUGAAGCGUGAGGCAUUUUGCCCACCUCUUGACUGGGCGUCUGCGUGGGCGGGUCUCGACGCCCAGCUCUUCUUCACGCCUCAACACAAAAGUGCCCCACCCUCUCUGCCCCAGCAGCUGGUUGGCGCGCUGAGCGGCAGACGAGUCGUCGGAUGGAUUGGCACCCUUUGCCGUCUAGCCGGCUGGUGCUUGCGUCAUCGGUGCGAAAGUGACGGUCGUCACCUCAAAAACUCCUCCACUCAUCGCAUCUUUACUGUUUUGGUACAGGAAAAUGGCAUUCUAGCACCACCCCAUCGGCAGUUGGCCUACCCGAUUAACUGGGCCCGGCCACGUUAA